CGUGGUCAGUGGUUGCACUUGGUGUUCUCAGAAGACUUUCCCAACCUUAAAGAUUCUAUGUUUCUCCGCACUAAACAAUCCUGGUUCUCCACAGCAUCCCCUCACGUCCAUCAGCCACCCCUGGUGCCCGUUGUUUGUCCCCAUGAAGGCACACAGGAGCAGUCCCCAAAGCCUGGUGGUACCACCGUGUGCAAAUUGCUGCAGGAACACCCGGCCAUCGCUCAGCCAUGCUUUGGGCAUUGCUUUCUGCCUGUGACUUGCCCCGUGACAGAAUUUGUCUGUCCCUCGCCAAGCUCACUAUGGAGAAUGCACCUCCACAUUUUGUGCCGAGUGUUUUUAAGCUACGGCUUAAAAUCACAGCUCAGGUCGCGUAGGGAGUCACACGACGAGAGCAUCACUGGAGUGAAGCCUUGAAACUCCACAUACAGCAUUUUUGCCAAAUAUGCACGUCGGGUCUCCCGAGAAGAAAACUGAAUUCACUGGGGCAAUUAGGAACGUAUAUACACACAUAAAGGUGACGGGGGGAACCCGAGGCAGCUCCCCGGCAGUCCGUGCUUUUCCCCUCCUCCCUUAGUGCCAGCACCGCCCGCGCUCCUCCUCCCGUUCUGCCCGAUCCCCGGCGCCGGGCAGGGCUGGAUGCUCCGCUCUCAAUAAGCGCUGCCGUGAUUCGGCGGCCGCUCGGACCGCGGGCCCGGCCCCUCCGCCCUGCAUCGGCCGCCGGCGGGGAUAAGAGCGCCGGUGCCCGCGGGUACCGCAAGGAUGAAGGCGUCCUGGUUCGGCGUGGAUGUGGCCCGCGUGCUGCACUUAGCCGCCGUCUUCUGCUUGACGUGCGUGCUGCUGAAGGCCAUCCAGCUGUACCACCGGCGGCGGGAGCUGCUGCGGGCUCUGUCCGCCUUCCCCGGGCACCCCACGCACUGGCUGCUCGGGCACGUUCAGGAGUUUCUCAAAGAAGAAGAUCAGCUGGAAAAGGCAGAGGCCUGGGCACUGAAGUACCAAUAUGCCCACCCUGUGUGGUUCGGGAGUUUCUCAGCCUUCCUGGUGGUCACCAACCCUGAAUAUGCCAAAGCCCUUUUUGCCAGAGGAGAUCCCAAGGAUAACCUCGGCUAUAAGCACCUUAUCCCAUGGAUUGGGAACGGCUUGCUGAUCCUACACGGGCCCAAAUGGCACCAACAUCGGAAGCUCCUAACGCCAGGCUUUCAUUAUGACGUCUUGAAGCCUUAUGUAGCCCUCAUGGCAGAGUCUACCAAUGUGAUGCUGGAUAAGUGGGAAAAGGUGAUCACAAAUGGGAAACCGGUGGAGCUCUUUGAGCAUGUCAGCUUGAUGACUCUCGACAGCAUCAUGAAAUGUGCCUUCAGCUACCAAAGCAACUGCCAGACAGACAGGCAAAACACCUACAUCCAGGCUGUCUAUGACUUGUGCCAGAUGGUGCACCAGCGACUCCGUAUCUUUCCCUACCACAAUGACUUCAUUUACUGGCUCAGCCCCCAUGGAUAUCGGUUCAGGAAGGCUUGCCAGCUUGCUCACGACCACACAGACAAAGUGAUCCAGGAGCGAAAGGAGUCCCUUAAAGAUGAACGGGAGUUUGAGAAGACCAAGAAGAAGAGGCAUUUGGACUUCCUGGACAUUCUGCUCUGUGCCAAGGACGAGACUGGAGCUGGCCUGUCUGAUGAAGACCUGCGUGCUGAAGUGGACACGUUCAUGUUCGAGGGGCAUGACACCACAGCCAGUGGGCUCUCUUGGAUCCUGUACUGCCUGGCAUCACACCCUGAGCACCAGGCACGGUGCAGGGAGGAGAUCCAGGACAUCCUGGGUAGUCGGGACACCAUUCAGUGGGAAGACCUGGGGAAGAUGACCUACAGCACCAUGUGCAUCAAGGAGAGCCUUCGCCUCUACCCCCCAGUGCCUGGUGUAUCCCGGCAGCUCAGCAAGCCCAUCACCUUCCAUGAUGGUCGCACCCUGCCAGAAGGCACUGUCACUGCAAUAAGCAUUUAUCUCAUUCACCGAAAUCCCUCGGUGUGGAAGGAUCCUUUGGUGUUUGACCCGCUGCGUUUUUCUCCAGAGAAUGUAUCUGGCAGGCACUCUCACGCCUUUCUGCCUUUUGCUGCUGGAAUGAGGAAUUGCAUCGGGCAGCAGUUUGCCAUGAUUGAGAUGAAGGUGGCCCUGGCGCUGAUCCUGCUCCGCUUCGAGCUGUCCCCUGACCUCACCAAUCCCCCCCGUAAGAUACCUCGGAUCAUCCUUCGCUCCAAGAAUGGCAUUCACUUGUACUUAAAGAAAAUCCAUUGAUGCUGGAAAAUGGCCUGAGCAUCAGUGGGAGGGACCAAGCAGACUGGCAUGAAACGUUUCCCUGGGAUACAAGAUUCACAGCAGCUCAGGAUACGAGGAUUCCUCCGCUCCUGCAUGGCUGCCAGCAGCCAAACUUGUCCCUGUGGGCACCCCAGUGCCUGCAGGUCAGCUCAGGGCUGACCUCAUCUCUCUUUUCUCUCUCUAUGCCUGAUUGCACUCAAUGCACUGGUUACAGCUUGGGCUUGGAACUUUUGCUCAAGCUGCAAAAUAUGUUGUAAUUCUUGCAUUAAUAAACCAUUGAUUCCUGUAACAGCUGCUGUUUUGAGU